CUGCUCUCCUGGACGGUAGGUGGCAACAUGGCACUCGCGCCUGCGUUUAGUCGGCUGUUUCUGUGUCCAAGAAGCUGUACAUGCAAAAGAUGGCCGAGGUUGAUAAUGAUGGGGAGAAGAAUACAGCAGACAAAGAUGAUUUACAAGUGUUAAAGGAACUGGUAGAUGACCUAUACUACUUUAGAGAUCAUUACUUUGAGACGCACAGUGUUGAAGACGCUGGCAGGAAACAGAAUGACGUUGCUCAAGAAAUGGCAAAGACACUUGGGAAGCUCGAGGAAAAGGAGGACCUAUACAAACACAACACACAGUUUCUGCUACUGCGGGGCCGGUGUCUGAACGUUGCACCGGAGUUCAGUCAGGCCGCAGAGGAGUGUCUGUCCCGGGCUGUUAAGCUGGAACCAGGUUUGGUUGAGGGUUGGAACACACUGGGAGAGCAGUACUGGAAAAAAGGAGACCUGACCGCAGCCAAGACCUGCUUUGUAGGUUCACUGCAGCAGAGUAAGAACAAAGUGUCUUUGAGAAGCCUCUCUAUGGUGCUAAGACAGUUGCCACCAGAAGGGGACGCCCAGGAGCAGAGCAAACGCAUUUUAGAGAGCGUGGAGCUGGCCAGACAAGCUGUGCAACUUGACGUCACUGAUGGGACAUCUUGGUAUAUUUUGGGCAAUGCAUAUAUCUCCAUGUUCUUUACCAGUGGACAGAACCCACAGCUCUCUCAACAGGCUCUCAGUGCAUAUGCGCAAGCUGAGAAAAUCGACAAAGCAUCUGCAUUGAAUCCUGACCUCCACUUCAACAGAGCUACGUUGUUCCAAUAUGAGGAAAUGUUCAGUUCAGCUCUGGAUGGAUAUAGUCGGGCAGCAGCUCUUGAUCCUGGUUGGGAGGAACCUCGAGAGAGAGAAAAACUGCUUUUGAAAUACUUGGACCACAUUACAACUUUAACAGAGAACAAGGGGAAAGUAAAAGCGCGGCGGCUUCGUAACAUGCUCGCUUCCCUCAGUAACUCCGCCCUGGGGCCGUGCUCCUCCCCUCAGUUUCGUUCUCCCUCAGGCCACGUGGGAAGCCUUGAAUCCCGCAAUCUGUCUGCUCUCACUCACGGUCAUAAUGCUGGGGUAGCAGCCUUAGGAAAAGUGGUCUUCAGCUUUGCCUCAGAAGGCCGUAUGGCCUUUACAUUCGGCAUGGUGGACAGUAAAGAGACCUGUUGUGUGGUCAUGGUGUACAACACAGCGGACAGCUGGGGUGUUUUAAUAGGAGAUACUGUUGUCAUUCCUGAACCACAGGUCAAACGGCACAGUGUAUCACAUAAAGAUAAGUCUUACGACUUUCGAAGUAUACGUGUGGACUCUCCCCUGCUCCUCAUUGUCAAUGGGAAGAAACAAGUGAUGAAGAGCCAAAGUGCAGCCUUUGUUACUUACAAACCACAGAGUGAAUGAAAGCCAGCAUGAGGACAUUGAAAGUGAUGAGGGUAGUGUUUUUUCAGUUUGUAUAUAUUUUGCAAUGUUUCAUUCAGGUUUCGUUUGUGCAGAGAAGAUCCGUUGUGUACAUAUUUUCCUUUUUUUAUUGACCUCUUUCUGUUGGACUUUAUUUGUAAGGAUGUGCUGCUGUUUGUUUCAUAUUUAGGUUGUUAAAAUAAACACUCCCAAGGUGCUGUAUUUA